AUGGCAGAAAAAAGUUUACGCACAUUAACAUCUGGAAAAACGGCUACGACAUUAAUGGCUUAUGCACAAUUAGAAAUUGAUAACAGUUCCACUUGUAUACCGAGACUUUGUAAAUUCAAUAUUGUUCGUGUUGUUUUAAAUCGAGUUAUCGAUGGUGGAGAUUUAAAUGCAAUUGUUGUUGCUGUUAAAAUACAAAGUAAUAAAAGAACAUUUCGUUGUUGUGAAAUAUCACUUCAACAAGAUGGAACGUUAGAUGCACCAGUUAAUCUUCAAUAUUUAAUUACUUAUCCUCAUUACUUUAAACGAGAUAUUAAUAAAAUUCAUAUAUAUAUUCAACGACGAAAAAAUCGACCCAUGAUUGGUUAUAAAACAUUAGCACGUGGUGAAAUUAAUCUCAAUGAAGUUAUUCAACGACCACAAAGUUUAGAUUUGCAUUUAUAUUUAAAUACAAAUGAAAAAGUCAAACAAAAUGUACGUUUACCUAUUCAUGAAGAUAAUUCAGGUGGAACAAUGGAUGAUAUACAAAAACGUCCUAUUGGAUAUGUAUCAAUUGUAUCAUUGUCAAGUACAAUUCCAACUGAAUCAACUGAUCAGACAGCCACACGUUCUAAAUUUGGAUUAACAACAAAACGACAUCAUCAUCAUCAUCGUAUAGCAGAUUUUGAUAAAUCAUUAAAUGAGGAUGAUGAAUAUAUUGAAGAAGAAGAAUUAAAUUCUGAAUUAGAAGAUAGUGAUCUUGAAAUUAAUUUAAAAACUAAACAACAAAAAUUUAAUACAAAUAUAUUACGAAAUAAAAUAAUAAAAAUGUUUAAAAGAAAAGCAAAUCAAACAACAAAUAAUCCAAAUCGUAAUACAAAUAGAACAACAACAAAUACAACAAAUUUAUCUCAUGAACAUCAUGGAUUUAUAUUUGAUCGACAAUCUGAUAAUGAUGAUGAUCAAUUAUCAGAUAUAAGUGAUAGUACUAUACCAGUUGAUCAAUGGAGUAUUGAAUCUGUACCUAAACCUGGUUUUACACCUGUUGAACAAUUACAAGUACUUAAAUUUUCUGAAGAUGAUCAUACGAUGACAAGAAAAUCAACAAAUCCAUUUGAUAGUAAUGACAGUCCAUUAGAUUCGGAUGCAUCCGAUUUGGGAAUGGAUGUUGAACGAACAAAUAUUUUGCCACCAGCAGUAAUGUCAAUACUUGAAGAAAAACCAUCACGUCCUAUUAUAACAACUGUUCGUGAAAGUGCUGUUAAACAAUUAGAUGAACUUUAUAUAAAUGAUCGUCUUCCAGAAACUGUUAUUUUUCUUUAUACAGGAAUUAAUCAAACGAAUAUAAAUGCAUCAAAAUUUAAAGAAUAUAAUCUAUCAGUUAUUUCAGUUUCAACUUUAGUCGAUGCUAAAGCUGUUUUAAAUAAUUUAAUUCAACGAAUUCAAAAAAAUACAAGUCAAUCACAACAAAUUCCUGUUAUACGUAUUGUUUUACUUGGUAAUGAUGCAUUUGUUAAUUCAUUUCUUCAAUCUUAUGUUGAAUGUUUGGCAUCGAGACCACAUGAAUAUAUGAAUUAUUUUCGUUUUUAUUUUGUUCCAUUAACUUUUUCCUAUUUGGCAAAAUUUCUUGGAAGUUUAGAUUCACAAUAUGGAUUAUUAUUCGGUGGAAUUGAAUUAUCAAAUGAAAUGAUAGAUAUCAGAGAAUUAUCACAAAAGAUCACACGAUAUUUAAAAACGUCUCAACGAACACUUUCAUUACCCGUUGGUGAAGUUAUGCUUAACCGAAAAGGACGAUUACCAGACGAAGAUUCAUCACCAACAUUUUUACCAUUCUGUUGUUAUGUUCGUCUUGGUACAUUAUCAUCAACAUCAAAUGACAAUCAAAUGACAUCAAUUGAUGAUAAUAUUCUUCUAUCGAAAUCUUUAUCUUUAUCUUUAUCAACAAAUCCACCACGUGAUUCAAAAGAUUCGUCGGAUGAAGAGACUUCAGCAACAGCAUUAGCAUCGUCUCCUCCACCAAAAAUUACAAAUACUUUAAUAAAAAGUUCACAUAUAGAGGAAUCAAUAUCACCAUUUGAUAUAUCUGUUGAUUAUUGGACUAUAAUUGAACAAUAA